CAACACAUGACCCAAUGCUCGCGACCCCACCAAAGGAAUAAAACAGGCUGUGGUAGAGCUGUGUGGUGCGAAGGUUCCAUUUUACCUCCCUACCUUCUUAUUGUGCUUUCCUUCGUAACCAAACAGUGCUUGAAAGCAUGGGUGUGGGUGAGAACCGGAGUUUCUUCGGCACCGGAAAGCCAUCGCUUCCUGUGUCGCGUUCUGACUCUAACUCUAACCUAAAUGAAGGAGGCCUUCGCCGGCGUCUUUCCUCUCUGUCUCUCAAGAUCCAAGGCUCCACGGCCGGCGGCGGAGGCGCAUCGUAUUGGUCGUUUCCCAGAUCCAAGUCUCUCUCAUCGAUGAGUGACUAUGCCGGCACCUCUAUCAGGAAAUGGUGGGACCGGAGCUGGGCUUGGAUCCUCUCCAGGAAGCCAAUCUUUGUGGCGGAUCUCGAAAUGAACCAUCAGGAAACGAAGCUCCUCGGCUCCCACAACAGAGGCACUCUGAGACAUGUUAUCUAUAAGAUGCGCUCUGAGAUCCGAAGAUUCAUCCCUUCUUCUGAUCACGCCACACUUCCUCAAACCUCCUCUUGAAUUCCAGCUCGUAAUGCUUCAUGUGCACCUACGUCUUUCAAAUUGCAGAUCUAUUGCUAUCUAUUCCUUUGUUCUUUCUUGUGUACAAUUUUUAGUGUUCAUGUUUCUUCAAUAUUGUUUCUCCCAAUGGACCAUCUCACACUAAGCCUGUACUGUACGCAAAUUACGUGCAUGUAUAAUUGCUAUAUAUCCAUUAAUAUUCUAUCUAUGUUGUGGCUUGGCUUCCUAUGCUAUAUAUAAAAUUGCCUAAUGGAGUAUUUUAUUUUUA